CUCCCUUGUCUAAGAAGCCAGCGUCUCCGUUGCCAGGGGAACAGGGCACCGCGCUUUCCGGCGCGGUCGCAGCGCGAAGCAGCUGUCAUGGCGGAAGCGGUCUGGAGCACUGACACCGGCGAGGCCGUGUAUCGCUCCCGGGACCCCGUGCGCAACCUGCGCCUCCGAGUUCAUCUGCAAAGAAUCACAUCAAGCAACUUCCUUCAUUACCAGCCUGCUGCCCAGAUGGGGAAGGACCUCAUAGACUUGGCCACUUUUAGGCCUCCUCAAGCUGCUAGUGGACACCGCCCUGAUGAAGAAGAGGAGGAAGAGGUUAUAAUUGGGUGGCAGGAAAAGCUCUUUAGCCAGUUUGAAGUCGACCUGUACCAAAACGAAUCCGCGUGCCAGAGCCCACUGGAUCAUCAGUACCGCCAGGAGAUCCUGAAACUGGAGAAUUCCGGCGGCAGGAAAAACCGACGAAUCUUCACUUACACCGACUCAGAUAGAUACACCGACUUGGAAGAGUACGGUCAGAAAAUAACCACUUCAGCCAGCGAGGUGCCAUCAUUUCUGGUCGAACGGAUGGCGAACGUCAGACGGCGGCGCCAGGACAGGCGAGGGGUGGAGGGCAGCAAACUCAAGUCUCGGAUUGUCACGUGGGAGCCCUCGGAAGACUUCAUCAGGAACAACCAUGCUAUCAACACUCCUCUUCAGACGAUGUACAUCAUGGCAGACCUGGGGCCCUAUGGAAAGCUUGGCUAUAAGAUACAUGAACAUGUCCUCUGCAUCCUGAAGGUGGACAGCAAUGGAGUGAUCACAGUAAAGCCCGACUUCACUGGCAUCAAAGGACCCUACAGAAUCGAGACUGAGGGAGAGAAGCAGGAACAUACUUCUGCUUGGAAAUACACAAUUGACAACGUGUCCUCACUCGCACAGCCAGAGGAGGAAGAGCGGGAGCAGCGUGUGUUCAAGGACCUUUAUGGCCGCCACAAGGAGUACCUCAGCAGCCUCGUGGGCACAGACUUUGAGAUGAUUGCCCCAGGCGCCCUCCGGCUCUAUGUGAAUGGAGAGGUAGUUUCAGCCCAAGGUUAUGAGUAUGACAACCUCUACGUCCACUUCUUUGUGGAGCUGCCAGCUACUAACUGGUCCAGCCCAUCAUUCCAGCAGCUCCCAGGAGUAACCCAGACCUGUGCCACCAAAUCGCUGGGGAUGGACAAGGUGGCCUAUUUCUCCUUUCCAUUCACAUUCGAAGCCUUCUUUCUCCACGAGGAUGAAUCCACUGAAUCUCUCCCGGAGUGGCCCGUGCUCUACUGUAAGGUCCUCUCACUGGACUUCUGGCAGAGGUAUCGUGUGGAAGGCUAUGGGGCCGUGGUGCUGCCUGCCACCCCAGGGUCACACACCUUGACUGUCUCCACGUGGAGGCCCAUGGAGCUGGGUCUCGUGGCAGAGCUAAGGAGGUUCUUCAUUGGUGGUUCUCUGGAGCUGGAGGACCCGUCCUAUGUGAGAAUACCAGGAACCUUCAAGGGGGAGCGCCUGAGCCGCUUUGGGUUCCGUACUGAGACAACGGGUACUGUCACCUUCCGAUUGCACUGCCUGCAGCAGUCCCGGGCUUUCAUGGAAUCGAACUCCCUCCGGAAACAGAUGCGGAGUGUGCUGGACCGCCUGGAAGGGUUCAGCCAGCAGAGCUCCACGCACAACGUGCUUGAAGCCUUCCGUCGAGCCCGGCGUCGCAUGCAGGAGGCCCGAGAGAGCCUCCCCCAGGACCUUGUGAGCCCCUCAGGAACGCUGGCCUAGCUCUCUGCAACCUUGACCUGUGGAGCAAGGGAAAGAUGUCUGCAUCCAGUGCUCUCACUUUGUCUUGCUUAGUAGAGACCACAUUGGUCUGCCAAACUGGAUGAUCUAGAAGCUUCCAACGGCUCCUCUGCGUAGCCAUCAGCAGGACAUUCUUUCUUCCAUGCAGUAGUAAAGCCUGAGACUCUGGGGCCCAUGUAAUACCCUGCUCAUGUUUUGGCUAUCAAACAUAGGCAUCAUACCAAGCCAGGCUAUGUAGUCUGAAACUCGUUUGGGGUAAACCCGGCAUUAGACUGUCCUCAAUAGAGUGUCUUUUCUGGCUUGUCAAGGAGCCUCCAUGGCAGAGGGCUCCAAAGUGGAGUUUGGCAGCCAGGAGUAAUGGUGCACACCUUUAAUCCCAGCACUCAGUAGGCAGAGGCAGGAGGAUAUCUAUGAAUUUGAGGUCAGCCCAGUCUAUACAGUGAAUUCCAGGACAACUAGAGCUACAUAGUAAGACCCCAUCUCAAAACAAAAAACAAAAGCAAAACAAUAACAACAUGGAGUUUGGCAUCUUCUAAGGAGGAAGAUGUGUCCGAGAGAUCAGUCUCAGUCUCCUGCUUCUUCCAAGAAAAGGUGAGGGUAAAAGGCCUCAACUUCCUGGCUAAGUCUCUGUCCCCUUACAGUUUAGGGCUGGCUGGCUUUAGGACAUGACCUGGGGUAGUUGUUAGUCCUUCCUGCCAGCUGGGUGGAGUCUUUUAUUGUAUUUGUUUGUUUGUUUUUAUAUAAAAUAUUUAUAUUGACUGA